GAGGCGGCAUGGUCACCGGAGCGCGCUCACUAUUCCUUGAGAAAGAGGGGGACGGCAAGGGAUAUAAAACCAAUUCUUAGUCGGUACAAAAACCAGUCCAAAGACGAGAUGUGGAGGCUCUAGUCGCGUACGUGCGAGAGAGACGAUCCGAAGUGUGCGGGCCCCGGUAGUGAUUCUGUGCACGAUUUUCCAAAAUAAAAAAUUAAGGUUGAAGCGAUUGAAAUUAUCAUUGGUCUUCCUUACUUUUUAAAUUAAAAGAAAUUUGCUAAUGGUAAUUCGAUGGUAAAUACCCCGAUAAUGCAACGCAAGUUUGUGUUACAAACAAUAAAUGGUUGUGUCCAACUCUAAAAUUUGGAGAAUAAUAUUGGAUAUAGCCAGUUAUCAUUGAGAUUGAUGAAUAUCCAUAGGUUUACCCCCCAAUUUUUGAUAAUCGUUAUUGUCAACUUCGCACAAAGGAUAGUCAAAGUAUAGAGCACAAAAUACGGUAAUAUUCGGGCUAAUUGUGACUGAGAGUGCAUCAUCAGGAUUUUUCCGCAUUCCACUAAUGAAUUUGAGCAAAUCAUCGAUUAAAAACAAGUCCCAACGCACACAACAAAUUUGUACAGCUCAUUCAGUCGUUAAAGUGGAAAUCAACGCGAUCUAAAGAAUAAUCAGAUGUUGGGAAUUCAGAUCAACGGACAGGAUGUUAAGAACGAAAAGAUUUAUAAUCUCAUCCCAAAGUUGGAGAAAAUUCGAGGGACGAAUGAAAUGACUGUGGCAUUCCCUUUUGCUGUAAAUUCAAUCACAAAUAAUGAAAAAAGUGCUGCCGAAACAAUUUCCGGGUCGUAUUUAUGGCAUAUACCAAGGCCCUCGUUAUUAUUGGCGUGCAAACCUGAAAACGAUCAUGACAAAUCCAGUUGGAUACAUCAUCUUCAUCCAUACUCAUCGUCCCGAGGAUCCACGUAUUCUCAAGGAUCCAAGGCAAGCACACGCAGCACAGCUUCGGGUACGAUGCUUUUGACCGCAGCCAAUUUAUCAUCUCUCGCGGCUGCUCAUCCUCCCAUUGUCACGGCCAUCAACAAGUCUAUCGAUACGGCAUCCGUUGCGAGCAGUACCCAUUUUACGGUAGUCAACGGUAUUGGUAAACCGGCAACUACUACCAAAAAAUCUUGGUGCGCAAGAAAUCAACUUACCGUUCUUGUGUCCACCAUGAGCUUACUUUUCAUGAUUGCGCUUCUCCUCGGCGUUCUUUAUAUGGAAGUCAGAGCUCGUGAGAAAUAUCACUAAACGAGAAGCAGCGAAACAUCAAGAGAGAUGGAUAAAAACCAUGGACCAAUUACAAGCAUGAUAUAUCGAAGCUACCUUCGAAGAUGAAGAAAUUAACACCGAAAGAGCUGCUCAGUUACGCUGCUACCUUCUUUCUUCCAGAUUCGUGCAUGGCCUAUCGAAAAACAUGAGUUUUUCAAUAUCGAUGCAUAUGCGCCUUACCCAAUUAUGUAUCUAGAUUUAGAUUUUUCCCGAAAAUUACGUGUGCCUCAGCACCAAGUAACCGCAUAUUGUUUAUAGUAUUUUUUUUCCCUCAUUAAAAUAAUGGUUACGAAUAUUUGCAACUUGUUAAAAGACGAAAGUCAAGACGGGAGACUGUGUGCCAUGCUGUGGAAUACGAAUCACGACGCUCUCGCGAUAUCCUUUCGACAACACCCCCCCGUGCAAUCGUGAUGGAAAGAAAAUUAAAUUUUUCUAAACUUUGCUCACAAUUUUCUUCAAUGCGCAUAGCUUCUUCCUCAACAAUAACAAUAUCGAUGAAAAUAAUAUAGCAAUAGGUCGAAAUUCAGUUGCACGCUUAUUUCAAGUUUUUCAUCGAAAAACAAUUAAAAAAAAAAACUCCU